AUGGUGUACACCUCCAAAUAUUCAACAAUGGGGUUCAUCAUCAUAUGUUUCACAAUGGGGUACAUCUCCAAAUGCUCAACAAUGGGGUUCAUCAUCAAAUGUUCAACAAUGGGGUACACCUCCAAAUGCUCAGCAAUGGUGUUCAUCAUCCAAUUCCCCACAAUGUGGUACACUUCCAAAUUUUCAUCAGUGGGGUUCAUCAUCAAAUGUUCCACAAUGGGGUACAUCUCCAAAUGUUCAGCAAUGGGAUUCAUCAUCAAAUGUUCCACAAUGGGGCACACCUCCAAAUACUCAACAAAAGGGUUCAUAUAUGUGGGGUACACCUUCAAAUGUUUAGCAUGCAUUUUCAGUGGAACCAGAAGUAGAAAAAACUAUGAAUGA